GCACAAGGCAGGUGUGCUUGGGUAUCUGUUAUAAUUGCAUUAUAGCUGACAAUACGGAUACCCUGCUAUAAGAAGUAUUACAACAGCCAAGAUCAUAUCAAGGAAAUCACUAUUUCACUCUGUUUUUAACAACUGCACAUUGAUACUUGUGAAUAGUAUGGAGAAGAUGACUUAUGCUAAAGUAAACUUCAAGAAAAAUCAUGGACAUUCACCCAAGGCACGUUCUGCUGAAGAGGGUGCAGCGACUAUUAUUUAUGCCGACAUAAGGACAGCUGCAUCCCAGAGUCAUUUACCCGCAGCACCAGAGGUUCAAGAAAAAGUCUUGACAAGGUGCAGAUACAGAAUUCUCAAAAUUCUUAUUGCGGUCCUCAUCAUCAUCAUUAUUGCUCUCCUUUGUGGAUUUUUGGUUUUCUUUUAUAACCAGAGUACAAAGGAAAACAAAUUUAAUCAGACAACUGUAGAUACUAAUAUUAUGAGACUACGUCGGGAGCUCUGUGUGUCCAACACUGACAGUGCCUCAGGUUGUCUUAUGUGUCCUAAUGGUUGGAUUCUACAUGGAGACGACUGUUAUUACUACUCAGAUGUAACAGAGAGAACAUGGGACCAGAGCCGGGAUCAGUGUGAGAAGAUGGGAGCUGAUCUACUGGUCAUAAAGAACCAGGACCAGCAGGGGUUUAUACAGAGAGAUCUCAGACAGCGGAUAGAGAACACAUACUGGAUAGGACUUCACCGUGAUGGAGACGGCUGGAGAUGGGUGGAUGGAGAACAUUAUAACAGCAGCUUGAUCCAGAUAAAGACACAAUCAUCAGGACGCUGUGUAUCAAUGACUAGAUCUGGUUAUCUUCAGGAGAACUGCAGAUCUACAUACAGAUGGAUCUGUCUAAAGAAAGCCGUGCGGAUCUGACCUUGUUGUUCCCAUAAGUUACAGUAAAUGUACAUGAAACUGAAUAAAAAUCUAGAUAUGUAAUUAGAUCUGUACAAUGAUCCCACUACUUGUAAUGACCUCGGGUUGUGAUAUUUUCAUGUUACUAAGGUCUCUCCUGGGCCAUAUGUCUGAGGGACUCCCUGGGCAGUAUCUUCUGUUGUGGCAGUGUUUUGAUACAGUUACAAGGAAAAGUGUCCUUUUUGUCAGCACUGUUUCGGAAACCCUCUUCUCUGGAAUUUGGGAGAGACUUCAAAAGGGCCUCCAUGUCUGUCAGUGUGAUUCAAAUUGAUUCCUUACGAUGUGUCAGAGAACAAGAAAGACACAGAUACAAUGUUUCCAAGUAUUUUUCUCUGGGGAACAGUGCCCUACAGAGAAUUGUAUUAUCAGCAGACAUAAUUAGGCAGGAUUACAUUAAUCAAAUCAGUUUAAAGCAAAACUUCACAUUUACUGUGAAGACUAAACAUGACGCAUAUUACAUAGGGUACAGGAAACAUUGGGGGAGAUUUAUCAAACUGGUGUAAAGUAGAGCUGGUUCAGUUGCCCAU